UCUUCGUGUCCCAGCGCGGGCGGGCGUCGGCGGUUCCUCUGGACUACAGGUUCCAGAAGUCCUAUGCAGAAGUGCUUCUCUCUCUCAUUUCCAGGACCACAAUUCCCAGAGACUUCGGCUUCACGGCGUUUCUCUUUUUGCCCGAUCUCCCCUGGAGCUGGCUGGGCUUCGGCCGGCCAGAGGCCCACAGCAACGACGUGAUCCGUCGUGAGCGGGUCCCAGGGUUUCCUCGGCGGCCCUUUUUUCUCUCCCCUCGGUCGUCCUCGUUGCAGGCUGUCGCGGCUGGCCUGAGCGGUGACCUGGCGGGUCGCGCCUGCGCUCUGCCCUGUUUCCUGCCUGGCUGGUGGCGGCGGCCAUUUUGUUCAUCCUCCUCCUCCUCCUGCUCCUCCUGGUUGGAGCGCAGUGUCCGGAGCGGGCUGGGGGGAGAGAGCCCGAGAGCAGGGUUCGGUACCUUUUCCUCUGUCCCCAGCCGGUGCCCAGAGCCCCCCUCCCCUUCCUCCCCACCCCCUCCCCUCCCCAGCCCUGCCCUCCCCCUUGUCCCGGGAUCGCUCCGUCGCACCCACCAUGAUGGAAGACGACGGGCAGCCCCGGACUCUAUACGUAGGUAACCUUUCCAGAGAUGUGACAGAAGUCCUUAUACUUCAGUUGUUCAGUCAGAUUGGACCCUGUAAAAGCUGUAAAAUGAUAACAGAGCAUACAAGCAAUGACCCAUAUUGCUUUGUGGAAUUUUAUGAACACAGAGAUGCAGCUGCUGCAUUAGCUGCUAUGAAUGGGAGAAAAAUUUUGGGAAAGGAGGUCAAAGUAAACUGGGCAACCACACCAAGUAGCCAGAAAAAAGAUACUUCCAAUCACUUCCAUGUGUUUGUUGGGGAUUUGAGUCCAGAAAUUACAACAGAAGAUAUCAAAUCAGCAUUUGCCCCCUUUGGUAAAAUAUCAAUUGCUCAUAAGAAUGGACAGGAUCUUGAAGGCUAACUGCAAGGAACUGUGCACACUGGAACUCAGUUGUAGAUUUUUUUUCUCAUUUCUAUUUAUUCUUAUUAUACAUUAUUUAUAUAUACAUAUUUUAGUAUUUACAUUUUAACAUUCUAUAUUCAGUGGAGUUCUAUAUUUCCAAUCAUUUAACUUACUCACUAAAAUUUCUGUGUAAAUUUGUUGUUUUCGUACUGGUGUGCUUAGCAUUGUUGUUAGUUUUUUAUUCUCCUUUCUUAAAUUUCUGAAAAUGUCAAUUUUUCAAAAUUUACAGCUGCCCAAACUCCAAAAUGAUGGUAGAGAAUUGACCAAGAAAAAUAAAGAAAUCUGUUAACAGGCCAUGGAUGCCCGGGUAGUUAAAGACAUGGCAACUGGAAAAUCCAAAGGAUAUGGUUUUGUAUCUUUUUAUAACAAACUGGAUGCAGAAAAUGCGAUUGUGCAUAUGGGAGGUCAGUGGUUGGGUGGUCGUCAAAUCCGAACCAACUGGGCCACACGUAAACCACCUGCACCUAAAAGUACACAAGAAAACAACACUAAGCAAUUGAGAUUUGAAGAUGUAGUAAACCAGUCAAGUCCAAAAAAUUGUACUGUGUACUGUGGAGGAAUUGCGUCUGGGUUAACAGAUCAGCUUAUGAGACAGACAUUCUCACCAUUUGGACAAAUUAUGGAAAUAAGAGUUUUCCCAGAAAAGGGCUAUUCAUUUGUCAGAUUUUCAACCCAUGAAAGUGCAGCCCAUGCCAUUGUUUCAGUGAACGGUACUACGAUUGAAGGACAUGUGGUUAAAUGCUAUUGGGGUAAAGAAUCUCCUGAUAUGACUAAAAACUUCCAACAGGUCGACUAUAGUCAGUGGGGCCAAUGGAGCCAAGUGUAUGGAAACCCACAACAGUAUGGACAGUAUAUGGCAAAUGGGUGGCAAGUACCGCCUUAUGGAGUAUACGGGCAACCAUGGAAUCAACAAGGAUUUGGAGUAGAUCAAUCACCUUCUGCUGCUUGGAUGGGUGGAUUUGGUGCUCAGCCUCCCCAAGGACAAGCUCCUCCCCCUGUAAUACCUCCUCCUAACCAAGCUGGAUAUGGUAUGGCAAGUUACCAAACACAGUGAGCCGGGACUCUUAAAAAAAAUUGUAAUUCAUGAUAGGCUUCGAUUUCCUGUGACACUUUGAAGACAUGAAAGUAGACAUCGGAAAAUGAAAAUAUUUAUUUUAAAAAUUGAAAUGUUUGGAACCUUUAGCACAGAUUUGCUUUGGUGAAGGACACAUGUCUUCUAGUUCUGCCUUUUUAAGUUUUUGUUCAUGAUGGAUAUGAACAUGAUUUUUCUUUGUGUACAAAAACUAAAAUAAAGUCAAUAAAGACAAUUCUGACUACAAAUUUUGAUAUAAUAGGAAAAAUGGCUAAUACAUUUUGAUUCUUAGAUACUAUUCCAUUUUUAUCUUGCUGUUCAGUAUUUUAACUCACUGUGUUUUUAAAAGAGCAAAAAAGGGAGGAUCGUGAAAACCUGGGAAUCACAUAUAAGUUCAUCUUGAAUCCUGAUACUCCCCUCCCCUUCCCUGAGGUGGACCACAUUUGAAGUCAGCAGAGAAAAAGUGUGAUAUUCAGAAGAAAUGCGUGAUUUUGGAGUCGCUUUGGAGGAAAUAUUUUCUUUCUCUAUGCCUAAAGAAACUGAAGCCAGACUGAAGUUUUGCACCCUAAAAAGGAACAGCAUUGUUUGAGUUACUUGAGCAAAUGUCGGUGGUCCACGUUAAACAUAUUUUUAAAACUUCCAAAAGUGUCGAUUAUUAAAAUUGUAGUAUAUUACAUUUCAUUUUGGGGGGAAGUUCCAAGUAUGGUGUUUGUAUUAAAGUCAGACAGUCAUACUUGUGCUUUUACAUGAAGUUUAAAUGAUACACAUUGUAAAUAUUCAAUAACUGCAGUGUUUAAAAAGCAUGCUUCAACAUAGAAGUAGCAGCAAUGUAAUUAUUUGAAGUAACACUUAACACACUCCACUGCAUUGAAUGCAGUGGAUUGAUCAGAAUGUUAAGACUGAGAUUUCCAAGGUUGGCUACUAUGUAAAAUUAAAAUUACACAAAUUGUGCA